GCGGGCGGGCGUAGCUUCCCGCGCGGAUGGCGGCGGCGGCGGGGGGCGCGGGGUCCGGGCCGGGGGCGCCCCCGGGGCUGGAGGCGGCCCUGCAGAAGCUGGCGCUGCGGCGCAAGAAGGUGCUGAGCACCGAGGAGCUGGAGCUGUACGAGCUGGCGCAGGCGGCGGGCGGCGCCAUCGACCCCGAUGUGUUCAAGAUCCUGGUGGACCUGCUGAAGCUCAACGUGGCCCCCAUCGCCGUCUUCCAGAUGCUGCAGUCCAUGUGUGCGGGGCAGAGGCUGGCGACCGAGACCCUGGACCCCGCGGCCCCCGCAUCCAGCGUGCCGGAUACCCGAGCGGCCUCCUUUCUCUCUGCCAAGAACAGUAGCCCCCCAGCCAGGCCCUCCUUGUCCUCUGCCCUGCGGCCCGCGGCCUCUCCGGUGCUGCUCCACGGCCCAGCUGCCACGUACCCGCCUCUCUCUCCGGGCCCCCCCGGUUCCUUCCGCUUCUCUUGCUGCCUGUUCUCUCCUUUUACAGGGAGAAACCGAGGCAGCGCUGCUGUCGGCGGAGCCGGAGCCCUGGCGGAACGGAGUGGCCGGGAAGGAUCGAGCCAGAGGCGGCCCCGACAGCCCAGUGCCACCAGGCUGCCCAAGGGGGCCGGGCCUGGGAAAAGCCCCACACGGGGCAGCACCUAGGACGGACGGGGACAGACACCUCUCCCAGCGACCGCAGGGCUCUGUUGUCCAUGUUCAGGAGGUGGAGGUUGUCUCCUUCUGGGGAAAAUAAACCUUUUUGAAAAAUAGA